GUGACAUGCUGCUGCUCUGCACGCAGUCAGCGCUGCUGCAGUGAUAAAUGUGGUACAUUAAUGACUAGCACAGGCGUUUUCUUAUGGCCCUAAAGGUUAAGAGGGUUGGUUUUGUCUCAGCAUUAACUCGAACCAACAACCGUUUUUCAUUUAUGUUUGAGCAGUCCUAACCCAAGUCUGUGGACAGAGGAGGAGGAGAGAGCGGAGAAAUAAAGGAUGAUAAUGCAGCGCAUCCUAAGUAAUGGGAUACUGCGCCGUGUCGCAGCAGCCCGCCCCCUGCUGGUGGGUGUCACAGCCGUGGAACCUCCAGUAGCAUUUUGUUGCUGUGCCCUCCGUCUGUCGCCACCUCCGCCACGUACAGGACGGCGCCUGCUGUCGACCUCGGCCUGCAGCAAGGCAGCACAUCAGCCAAAACACCAACCACCGCAGGAGGAGCCACAAUCCACCUCUGCACCUUCAACACCAGAAGAGCAGAGAGGGGAAGCUGGGCCUGAUGCUGCUGAGGUGGACCCCCUGCAGGACAAGUCCAUCGGUCUGGUCCAGAGGUUUAAGAAAACCUUCAAACAGUACGGGAAAGUGAUGAUUCCGGUUCAUCUCGUGACGUCCUCCGUCUGGUUUGGGACCUUCUAUUAUGCUGCUAUGAAAGGUGUGAAUGUUGUGCCAUUCCUGGAGAUGGUUGGUCUACCAGAGUCACUUGUUGGCCUUUUGAGAGACUCCUCAAGCGGCUACGCUUUGACUGCAUACGCCAUGUACAAGAUUGCUACCCCUGCCAGAUACACAGUGACUCUUGGGGGCACAUCACUGUCCAUUCAGUAUCUCCGCAAGCACGGCUACCUAUCCACACCGCCACCCGUCAAAGAGUACUUCCAGGACAAGAUGGAGGAGACAAAGGAGAAAUUUACGGAAAAGAUGGAGGAGACAAAAGAGAGAUUUUCCGAGAAAAUGGAGGAAACUAAAGAACGUUUCUCUGAAAAAAUGGAAGAGACUAAAGACAAGAUUUCUGAGAAAAUACAAGAAACCAAAGACAGAGCCUUUUUUAGAAAGAAAGAAAACUGAUGAAAUGAUAACUUCCCACUGCUGGCGCCUCUGAAUGACCCUAUUAUGACCCCGAUAAGUAAUCAGAGAGUUUGGGCAGAGAAAAAGAUGGCACUAUGAGGCUGUUUGAAAGAAUGGAAAGACGUAGUUCUAUCCUUGUCCUUAAAUUUCACCUUGCACUUCAGAGCAAUCACCUCUUGACUAUUUAAGUGUAAAAAUCAGUCCCUUACUGUCCAAACGUUGCCACUUUGCACUGUAGUGUAAUCUAGAGAGCAGCUUAGCCGCCUGCUGGCUGUACUACGACCUAGGUCAGUCAUCACAGACUGGAUUUACACUCGCUCAACUGAUCUGGACUUUGGCUCUUUGAUGGUUGUUUAAAAAGAUGCUGUGUCCACAUACAUGCACGAGGGGUACAAAAAGGCCUGGGCUUCAAAAAAAGACAAAAAAAAAUACUGUGCCUGUAUAAAACAGCAUCAAUGUAAGACUGAAAGAAAAAGAGCAGUGCUGAUCCUUCUGAACUUGAAGCUCUGAGCUACCUGUGCGUCCAUCAAAGCCUUUGUGAAGGCUGGAUAUCACUUCGUGUCUUUUCUAAUAUAAGGAGAAAGAAAUUAAGUUUUCUAAUGUAUUUUUAACGGAUAGCCUGAGCUAAUAUAUGACAUAUUGUACCGUUAAUGUGUUGACUGAAAGUUGUGUAUGAAGUGACAAAGUCAGAUUGUUUGAGAGCUGUUCUUAGAGCAGAUAGUCACACCAUGUCAGUUUACAUGUGAUGUCAGUCAUAUAUGUAAACAUGCAGCGGGUUCAGUGUGUAUCAACAGAUGACAAACUUAAUUACACAGUUUGUCAGAUGGAAUCUCUUGGGUCUUUUGGUUGAUAAAUAUAUGUCCGAUACAGAAAUUCAAACAUGUCUGUUAAAACCACAACUCAAUAAAGUGAAAUGCUGAA